AUGGUGAUAGUGUCAGCGGUUUUACUACUGAAAGAUUGGUGGGUAUCAGCUGACGCGUUGUGGGAAUCAGGGAUCCAGCUGACACGUAGCCGUAGUGGUGUAAUACCAACGGACACAAUAUUGUGUGGUAAUAUUGUGUCAAGUAGCGUACCGAGUCUGCUAACACUAAGGCAAACCAACACUGAGUUUUAUAACAUUGGGCAUCAACUGGCACUGGUUCUGGCAACAGCUCCCCCAUCUCCAACAAUUCGGCUGAUCCAUCCCCCACAAACUCGGCUGCUCCAUCUCCAACACCUCACCAACCCGGCUCCUCCAUCUCCAACACCUCACCAACCCGGCUCCUCCAUCUCCAACACCUCACCAACCCGGCUGCUCCAUCUCCAACACCUCACCAACCCGGCUCCUCCAUCUCCAACACCUCACCAACCCGGCUCCUCCAUCUCCAACACCUCACCAACCCGGCUCCGCCAUCUCCAACAACCCGGCUCCUCCAUCUCCAACACUUCACCAACCCGGCUCCUCCAUCUCCAACACCUCACCAACCCGGCUGCUCCAUCUCCAACACCUCACCAACCCGGCUGCUCCAUCUCCAACACCUCACCAACCCGGCUCCUCCAUCUCCAACACCUCACCAACCCGGCUGCUCCAUCUCCAACACCUCACCAACUCGGCUCCUCCAUCUCCAACACCUCACCAACCCGGCUCCUCCAUCUCCAACACCUCACCAACCCGGCUGCUCCAUCUCCAACACCUCACCAACCCGGCUCCUCCAUCUCCAACACCUCACCAACUCGGCUCCUCCAUCUCCAACAACUUACCAACUCGGCUCCUCCAUCUCCAACACCUCACCAACUCGGCUCCUCCAUCUCCAACACCUCAACAACCCGGCUCCUCCAUCUCCAACACCUCACCAACUCGGCUCCUCCAUCUCCAACACCUCACCAACUCGGCUCCUCCAUCUCCAACACCUCACCAACUCGGCUCCUCCAUCUCCAACACCUCAACAACCCGGCUCCGCCAUCUCCAACAACCCGGCUCCUCCAUCUCCAACAACCCGGCUCCUCCAUCUGCAACACCUCACCAACCCGGCUCCUCCAUCUCCAACAACCCGGCUCCUCCAUCUCCAACACCUCACCAACCCGGCUCCGCCAUCUCCAACAACCCGGCUCCUCCAUCUCCAACACCUCACCAACCCGGCUCCUCCAUCUCCAACAACCCGGCUCCUCCAUCUCCAACACCUCACCAACCCGGCUCCGCCAUCUCCAACAACCCGGCUCCUCCAUCUCCAACACCUCACCAACUCCAACAGCCUGGAGGUUGCUGAAACUUCAUCCCAACUCCAAGUGUCCCUUCGCAGCCGGCGGCGUGUGCCAUCGUAGCUGUUACGACCCCGAAGUCGCGUGUAAAAGCGUCGCCAGGAGUGGACUAGCUGGCGACCGUGUCCCGGCGCGCACACUCCCCCCGCCGUCCCACAGUACCACGCUCACCGCCACCAGUUGGGACCUACCGUCACCUCUGCUGUUUGCUCGGGAUAUAUAUCCUUCGCUGGUGCGUUUCCGUCUCGUCCGACGUGACGAAUUCAUCGUCGGCGAGGCGUUUGUGCUGCCUUCGGCCGAGGAGGCGUGCGAGGCCUCCCGAGCCCGUGCGAGUGCGAGUUGCAAGGAAACGGUAUACGCUGACAGCAGAAGCAGCAGCAGCCUCUGA